CACGAAUCCAACGUGACUCUGGACCCGGUCGCGCUUACGCAAGUGGCUCCGAUGGUUCUCGUCCUCACAAAACUCCAAGGUCCAACUAGAGAGGGAGAUCACUUCCAGCUGGAGGCUCGGUUCUCAGUGUGUGAACGUCGCUGCCAAAGAUGGGAGACUGGGGCAUUCUGUCAAAGUUGCUGGACGAGGUCCAGUCCCACUCCACGGUCAUCGGGAAGAUCUGGAUGAGCGUUCUCUUCCUGUUCCGGAUCAUGGUCCUGGGCGCCGGCGCCGAGAGCGUGUGGGGAGACGAGCAGUCCGAUUUCAUCUGCAACACUCAACAGCCCGGUUGUGAGAACGUCUGUUACGACUGGACCUUCCCCAUCUCCCACAUCCGCUUCUGGGUGCUCCAGAUCAUCUUCGUCUCCACGCCCACGCUCAUCUAUCUGGGCCACGCCAUACACGUCAUCCAGAGCGAGAAGAAGCUGAGGGAGCUGCUGGUGAGCCCGGGCGGGACGCGCCUGGUCAAGGUCCCCAAAUACACCGACGACAACGGACGGGUGAAGAUCAAGGGCCGCCUGCUCGGCAGCUACAUGACCCAGCUGGUGGUCAAGAUCAUCAUCGAGGCGGCCUUCAUCGUGGGCCAGUACUACCUGUACGGCUUCGUCAUGGUCCCCAUGUUCCCCUGCUCCAAGUCGCCCUGCCCCUUCACCGUGAAGUGCUACAUGUCCCGACCCACCGAGAAGACCAUCUUCAUCAUCUUCAUGCUGGUGGUGGCCUGCGUCUCUCUGCUCCUCAACGUGAUCGAGGUGUUCUACCUGCUGUGCACCAGGGUGGGCCGCCGGGCCCGCCCUCAGAGCCGCUACACCCCGGCCUACCCGGCCGUCCUGUCCGGUCCUCAGUGGCCCUCCACGGACGAGGCGCUCAGGCAGAACAAGCUGAACCUGGAACUGGAAGGAAGCCAGAGCAUUGGCGGGAGCCUGGAUGGUGCCAAAGACGAGAAGAUGCCGCUCAAGUCCUAUUAGAAGCAGUGGCGUGACCAACCUGGGCAACAACGUGGUGUGUUUUUGUCUCUGUAAUCGACCUGAUGGUGGAAUUUGUGCAGAUACAAUUGUAUUUAUGCUGCGAUGAGUAAGUUAUUACACGCCGGUAAUCGUUCAAAAUUCCUGUUUCAACAAUGAAUAUGUUGUAAAGUUUCUACUGCUUUUAUUUUAUAGCAUUGGGUUUUUAAUAAAGAAGUCAAACUCGUA